CGCUUGACAUUUUCAUCCAGAUGCACGUAAAAUACACAUGGCAGUUUCGCAUAUGACAAUUACAUUUUGGAAACUUCCGCGUAGCUUUCACCAAGUAUGAUUUGGAAACUUUUUUUUUGUUGUUCUUUUUGUUAGCUAACGGUUGGGUGAUUUGCUUCGCGUUACACCAUAACGUGGAAGUAAUUUUUUUCCCCUCACUUUGAGAGGAACAGCAACGUCAUCCGAAUACGCCUCUGCCUUAUGUUAGCAUGGCUUCUUACAUGUUCUACACAUGGGUGAAAAAAAAAAAAAACUUAGCGGGACGGGAACGACUAAGGCUACUUGGAAAAAAUGCUAUCGAGAAUUCAUCGAUGGAACAGAAAUUCUUGCUGCUUGUCUUUUGUGCCCAUGAGGGCCCCACCGAAGAAGAAGAACGUUCAGGAGAAGAAGAAGAAGGAGUCGGCUGAAGACAAAGACAAACUGUCCGAAACGAGGUACCUGCCGUACAUCCCGCCCGCCUACGUUGCGGACACGGUCUCGUUUUUCAAGGACAAAAACAAGGUGGACAAUCUGCUGUCCCUAAUUUUUGGCCCCCAAAAUUCGACGGACUCGUAUGAAGACAGAGUCGAGUACCAAAAGAGGUUCGAGCUGUACGAAUUUUUGAAGCAGAGGGAGGAAGAAAAAUACGAAAGGCAUUUACAAAAAAUGAAAGAAAAAAUAUUCAAGGCAAUAGAAAAUUUACCAGAAGAAUUAUACGACGAGAGUAUCCAAAGUGGUGAAUUGUUUGACCAUAAAGAAAUUCAGUUUGGUCUAAAGUACGAAAAUGAUAUAGUAAAAGGUUUGAGUACCUACAGGCAGAAGUUGCUACAUGUGUACAAGAUCCUGCUUUAUUUGCGGUUUCCUUUUUACUUAAUUAAAAAGAAAAAACCCAUGUUGUUUUAUAUAAGUGAAAGUAAGGCGGUCAGUCGACAGAAGCAAAUUAAUGCGCAAAGGAAAAAGUUAAAGAAGAAGUAG